UGCAGAGGGAAUAAAAAAAAAAUAAAAAUCCCACAACCUUUUCCUUCUGCUAUAUUACCUUUGGACCACCUCAUGAUCUGCCCAACUAAAGCUCUCUUGCUCUUGGUAGUUCUGCCCCUUCACACAUUUCAAGUGUCAAGUACUUAGUCAUCAGUACUUUCAGCAAUGGUGCAAUCAAAGAAGUUCAGAGGUGUCAGGCAGCGCCACUGGGGUUCUUGGGUCUCUGAAAUUCGCCACCCUUUACUGAAAAGAAGGGUGUGGCUGGGGACGUUUGAAACGGCAGAAGAGGCAGCGCGGGCCUAUGAUGAAGCGGCCAUUUUAAUGAGCGGACGCAACGCCAAGACAAAUUUUCCGAUUAGCGCCAGAAAGGAAGCUGCCACCGGUAAUACUACUAAUGAAAACCCCACCUCUUCCACUUCUUCCAACAACUCGCUUUCUUCAAUCCUUAGUGCAAAGCUUCGGAAAUGCUGCAAAUAUCCGUCUCCUUCUCUUACCUGUCUGAGGCUUGACACUGAGAAUUCUCACAUUGGAGUUUGGCAGAAGAGAGCAGGGCCUCGGUCCGAUUCAAGUUGGGUCAUGAAAGUUGAGUUAGGAAAGAAAAACGGACCAGACGCAGAGGCCAUGAAAAUGUCAGCCUCAGAGACACCGGAAGCGGUGGGGAAAGAAGAUGGGGGUGGGUUAGAUGAGGAAGAGAGAGCUGCACUACAGAUGAUAGAGGAACUUCUGAAUACGAAUUGAGGCAGAUAGAAAACAAUUAGUAUAUUUCAUGUCAAGUCUUAGUCAUUUCUUUCUUUCUUCUUCUUCUUCUUCUUCUUUUUCAUUUUUCCUUCUGCAUAUCCGAGAUUGUUGGGUAUAUAACAACAUGGGGUAUAGUUCCAUGUCUUUCCAAAUCCCUGCAGCUUCGGUGUCAAGUCAUAGUCUGUCUUAGCAUAUGUUCCAAAAUAAGAGUACUGUGUUGGUUGUGGGAUCAUAAAGGAGGGAGAUAUAAAUGUUGGGUCCAAAUUAAUUAAACCUCCAUUAUAAACCAUAUAUAUUGUCAUAAGUUGUGGUUUGUUUAGGUAAAUGUGUAUGAAGUAAGUCAACGGAUAAAAAGGGAAAUAAAAGUAUAUAUUUACC